AAAAUGUCUCUUAAAUAUGAUUUUACCGAUAAAGUAGUAUUGAUAACCGGUUCGAGUUCGGGUAUCGGUGCGGCCACUGCCGUACAGUUUGCCAAAUCGGGUGCCAUGGUUGUAGUCACUGGUAGACGAUCGGACAGAGUUGCCGAAGUGGCCAAACAAUGUACGAGUGUUUCACCGAAACAUUUGUCGGCAUUGGAAGUGGUCGGCGAUAUAACACAAGAAGCGGAUGUCAAACGUUUGUUGGCGACAACUAUCAGACAUUUUGGUCGACUGGAUAUAUUGGUCAACAAUGCCGGCGCCGGUAUAACUGCACCGAUUGGUUCACCAGAUUUUUAUACAGCAUUUCAAAAAGCAAUGCAAAUUAAUUUGAAUUCAAUGGUAUUACUGACACAUCUAUCGGUCGAUCAUUUGGCCAAAACUCGGGGAAACAUUGUUAACAUAUCAAGUGUUGCCGGACUUCGAGCCCUACCAAACUUUGCUCCCUAUUGUUUGGCUAAGACAGCUAUGGAUAUGUUUACGAAAUGUUGUGCCGCUGAGUUGGGUCCCAAACAUAUCAGGGUUAACGUAAUUAAUCCGGGUCCUAUUAGGACUGAAUUUAUGACAGCCAUGGGCAGGACUAGUGCCGAAUCGGAUGCAGUGAUUGCAUCGUUUGAACAAUUGGUACCCUUGGGUAGGGCCGGUCUGGCCGUAGAAGUUGCCGAUGCUAUCAUCUAUCUGGCCAGCGAUCAGUCAAAGUUUGUUACCGGUGCCCAAUUGAUCAUCGAUGGCGGUAUUGUAGCCGCCAAUGGAUUUUCGCCUAAUUUAUUAAAAGAGUUAUAA